AAGAGAAAAUAAAUGGGACAAGUAAGUCUAAAAAUUAGAUUUAUGAAGUAUUAAUGACGAAGUGUAUGGUGGCAGAUGCAACAUUGAAGAAGUGCAAUAAAAGGAGCAUUGUUUCAGUUGGGUAGGUCUACCUUUUCAUAAUGGAAUCCUUUCAAUAAGUUUCAACUUACUCAUUUGAACCCACCCUUCUUCUCUCUUAUUAUUCCUCACACAAAUUUUCCCUUUGUUCAAUCCCAAACAAAGCCAAAAAUUAAAUCGUUCAAACUGCAUGCAGCAGCACUUCAUCAAUAAUAUCAUGCACCAUCAUCAAUACAUGAAUCAAAUGCAUAUUCAGACAAUGAUGAUUUGAUGCUGAAAGUUCAAAAGAGUCUCUGAGCAACACCUUAAUUAAUUCAUCUCACCAACCUUUCCCUUCUUUAUCAUUAAUACUAUUACCACAGAAGCCUUGGAACAAGUCAUUUUCCAUCUUUUUCUUUCAUUUUCUUCUUUUGUGUUGGUGUUUUAGCAUGGUAAUGCACAUGAAAAUCACAUUUUUCUAGUUUAUUCUUGUCUUUCUUUCCUUGCAUUGAAAGAUAUGGAUAUUGUUGGGAGAAAGAGAAGGUGUUUCUGUUCCACUCUACAUCUUCUUCUUCUGACUUUCUUCAUUGCCAUACUUCUACAAAGAGGUACUGUGGCUGAAUCAUCCAGCAUCCAAAACUACACAAGGUAUAGACAAAUUAGUAGCUUGAGGCUUGAAAGGAUUAAUAAGCACUUGGAAAAGAUUAACAAGCCUCCUGUUCUCACCAUUGAGAGCCCAGAUGGAGAUCUUAUAGAUUGUGUCCACAAAAGAAAACAACUAGCUUUGGAUCACCCACUUUUAAAGAAUCACAAGAUCCAGAAAGUACCAAGUGAAAUGCCAAGAGGUAUGAAAAUGGAGAGAGAUGAGAAUGUUGAUAGUGAUAAUAUUACUAAGACUAAUGUGGAAGUGGGAAAAGGAAAAGAGGGGGUAAGAAACAACGCAUGGCAAAUGUGGCAUCGAAAUGGGACAAGGUGUCCAAAGGGAACGGUUCCUAUGCGGAGGAGUACAGUACAUGAUGUGUUGAGAGCAAAAUCUUUGUAUGAUUAUGGUAAGAAACGAACACAAAUUCCACUCUCUCGGAGCAGUGAUGCACCUGAUGUAUUCUCUGGCAAUGGUCAUGAGCAUGCGAUCGCGUACACAGGAUCAUCACAAGAGAUCUACGGUGCAAAAGCAUCAAUAAGUGUGUGGGAUCCAUCAAUUGAAGUGAUGAACGAGUUCAGUCUCUCUCAAAUUUGGGUCCUCUCUGGUUCUUUCGAUGGUCCUGAUCUUAACAGCAUCGAAGCUGGAUGGCAGGUCAGUCCGGAGCUUUAUGGUGACAACAGACCCAGAUUAUUCACGUAUUGGACGAGUGACUCUUAUCAAGCAACCGGAUGUUACAAUCUUCUUUGUGCUGGUUUUAUUCAAACAAAUAGUAAAAUAGCUAUUGGAGCUGCCAUAUCUCCUGUCUCUUCUUAUACUGGCAACCAAUAUGACAUUUCAAUCCUCAUUUGGAAGGAUCCAAGAGUCGGGAAUUGGUGGAUGAGUUUUGGCGACAACACAUUGGUAGGGUAUUGGCCAGCAGAGCUAUUUACACACUUAGCCGAUCACGCCACCAUGGUAGAAUGGGGUGGCGAGGUGGUGAACUCACGGACCGACGGCCGACACACCUCCACUCAGAUGGGUUCCGGCCACUUUGCCGAGGAUGGUUUCGGAAAAGCAAGCUACUUUCGGAACCUUGAGAUUGUGGACAUUGAUAACACUCUUAGCUCAGUACAAAGCAUCUCAACCUUGGCUGAAAAUACAAAUUGUUAUGAUAUUCAAAACUCCUAUAGCAACGAAUGGGGCACAUACUUCUAUUAUGGUGGGCCUGGGAAUAAUCCUAAGUGUCCAUGAUUUUUAGUUGACGUACAUAUAAAUUCAAUUGGACACGUAUAGUUUGGUUUCAAAUUUGUCCCACGUCUAAGUAAUGUCUUCUAGUUCUUGUUACAUUCUUUCCUUGUACGUAAUUAAAGAAUUAUUUGUGCUGUUUCCAUCCUUGUUCUGUCCACUUUGGAAGAUAUUGUGAAUUCUGAAACCAAAAACAUGAUAGGGAAUGGCAAUUUUGAAUAUGUUUUAUUUCA